AGCAAACAAAAUCUGCUCAAGUUCCUUUCCCCCCUCAUGCUCAUCGCCCUCCCUGGCAGUGAUAGAGCCCACAUCAGCAGUGCAGCUCAACAACCGGUACAGCGAGGCCAGUGGCGAGGCAUGGCGAGCAGAGCAGGCAGUGCUGGCGCAGCUAUCACGGGACAUGGGGGAGGCGGUGGGGGACGUGCAAGGGGUGCUGGAGGCCAUGGUUCGACUCGACGUGAUCAUAGCGAGAGCACGCUACAGCAGCUGGCUUGGUGCCACUCGCCCUUCCUUCACCCCUCUCGCUGAGGGUUUAGGGUUUACGGCAGCAGAGAGGGAAGUGAGAGAGGCGGAGGAGGAGGUGGAGCGAGCAGAGGCCGCAGUGCCUGUGCCCAUAGACGUGACAGUAAGGAGGGGGUGCCGUGUUGUGACUAUAACGGGGCCCAACACCGGAGGCAAGACAGCUGCAAUCAAAGCAGUGGGGCUCGCAGCUCUCAUAGCCCGAUGUGGCAUCUACGUCCUCGCAUCAUCACCCCCCCGCUUGCCUCUCUUUGACCUCGUGCUGGCGGAUAUUGGCGACGCGCAGUCACUCACGCAGUCCCUCUCCACCUUCUCCUCGCACCUCGUCCGCAUCAGAAGCAUCCUGGAAGCUGCCACGCCACGCUCCCUCGUGCUCUUGGAUGAGCUAGGAGCGGGCACGGACCCGAUAGAAGGGGCCGCUUUGGCCACAGCAGUGCUAGAGCAUCUAGCAGGAGGGUCGGAAGAAGGUUCAGGUGAAUCUUCAGGUGUUUCUUCAGGUGGUGCUCUGCUGACCAUGGCUACAACGCAUCACGGGCAGCUCAAGACGCUCAAGUACAGAGAUGCACGCUUUGAGAACGCCUCGGUGGAGUUUGACGACCAGCGCCUCGCUCCCACGUACCGCCUGCUGUGGGGCAUCCCGGGCCGAUCCAACGCGCUCAAUAUAGCGCAGAGGCUCGGGCUGCCCAGAGAUAUAAUUUCAGCUGCCCGGGAGCUGCAAGGCAGCGCAAAGAUGCAAGUGAAUGAGGUAAUAACAGCAAUGGAGGAAGCUAAAAGGGCAUAUGAGACUGAUGUGCAGGCCACUGCCUCUAUUCUAAGAAGGGCGUAUGAGGCGGAUGUGCCGGGGCACUGCUUCCAUUCGAAGGUGGGUUAG